AUGGCCAAUGAAGAUACAAUUGCAUUACCAGGUCAAGAUUAUGAUGUUGUACCAAUUGAUGUAUUAUCAAAAAAUACAUCAAUAAAAACAUUAGAUUUAAGUUAUAAUAAUAUAAAAAAAGUGGAAUCACUCGAAAGUUUUAAACAAUUAACAUCAUUAGUAUUAGAUAAUAAUAGAAUUGGAUCAAAUAAUACUUUUCCAAAUUUACCAAAUUUAAAAACAUUAUCAUUAAAUAAUAACGAUAUUUCAGAUUUAAAAGAAUUUAUAGAUUCAAUUAAAAACAAAUUCCCAAAUUUAACAUUUUUAAGUUUAUUAAAGAAUCCAGCAUGUCCAAAUUAUUAUUUUACAGGAUUAGAUUUUAAUGAUUAUCAAAAAUACAGAUACUAUAUUUUAUAUCACUUAAAGAAUUUAAAAUUUUUAGAUUCAACACCUGUAACAUUGGAAGAGAUUAAAGAAGCUGAAAGACAAGGUAUUUAUUCAAUCCCUGCUAAACCAACUCAACAAGAUAUCAUACCCGAUGAAGCGGAUGAAGAUGAACCAGUCUAUAAAUCAUUAUCAAGUGAAUUGGCUCAAGAAGGUAAAGGAAAAGCUUCCUUUGGUGUUAGUACUUAUGUUUAUUAUGGUAGACAAUCUGAAGGUAAUAGAUUCAUUAUGAAUGAUGAUUUAUAA